CGAUUCCGCUCACGAUGCAAUGUGGACUUGAGCUGGCCGAACCCGGCGACCGCUCGGGUCUGGAGCUGCUGUCGUGAACAGAAGACGAGAGCAAAGCUGACGUUUUCCCGACAUGGAGGCGGUGGUGGAGAACGCCAGCGCCCCGUUCCAGGACCUUCCUCUCCUCCUACUGAACCUCACCAACGUGACGACUUCGGACGACGGUUCGAGUCCCGGCGUUGGGGGCGUCCUCAUCCCUCUCAUCUACGUGAUUGUUUGCGUAAUCGGUCUGGGCGGGAACACACUGGUUAUCCACAUAGUGCUGCAUCACUCCAAGAUGGAGUCUGUGACCAACAUGUACAUCCUCAACCUGGCCAUCGCCGACGAGCUCUUCAUGCUGGGCCUUCCCUUCCUGGCCGUGCAGAACUCCCUGCAGGCAUGGCCCUUUGGAUCGUUCAUGUGCCGCCUCGUGAUGACGGUGGACUCCAUCAACCAGUUCACCAGCAUUUUCUGCCUGACCGUCAUGAGCGUAGACCGCUACCUGGCGGUGGGGCACCCCGUCCGUUCGGCCCGGUGGCGCCGCCCCCGCGUCGCCAAGGUGGUCAACGGCACCGUGUGGGCACUGUCCUUCCUGGUGGUCUUGCCCGUGGUGGUGUUCGCCAACAUCCAGAAGACGGGCGGCACCUGCAACAUCCUGUGGCCGGCCCCGGUCAAGGUGUGGAGGACGGCAUUCGUCGUCUACACGUCCACGGUGGGCUUCCUUUGUCCCCUGCUCAUCAUUUGCCUCUGCUACCUGCUGAUCGUCUUCAAGGUGCGCAGCUCGGCCAAGAAAGUCCACGCCGCCUCCGCCAAGCGCCGCAAGUCGGAGCGCAAGGUAACACGCAUGGUGGUGAUCGUGGUGGCGGUCUUUGUCUUGUGCUGGUUGCCCUUCUACGCACUUAACGUGCUCAACCUGCUGGUGGCGCUGCCCCCUGAGUACCAGGGCCUGUACUACUUCGUGGUGGUGCUAGGCUACGCCAACAGCUGCGCCAACCCCGUAGUCUACGGCUUCAUGUCGGACAACUUCAAGAGGGGUUUCCGCAAAGCCCUCUGUCGCGCCACCCGCAAAGUGGAGGACCAGAACCAAGACCGCCAGGCUGCCCAGCACCAGCUGCCGCAGGAGGGCGACAAGCCGGCACCGGUGCCCCGGGAGAGCCUGAGGCGAGGAAUCCGUGAAGACGACGACGUCUCAGAGAUGAUGCAAGUCUUCAGAAUCGGGCAAACCGGAAUCGCAGGCUUCCCGUCGCAGAGUCUGGAGCCUUUGUUGGCCGACCACGAGGCCGCGGAAGUCGAUCGCCGGGGACGAACACCGGACCCCGGCGGCAGAGACCUUGAGACCGGCGAGGCAUCGCUAUAGCGACACCUUUGCUCCGAAAGGAUGUAAACGGGAGCGCAAAAACACUGCAGCGAUUCUUUGGGAAUAAGCGACUUGUAAUACGAAGACAUUGCGGUGAACAAGCGGUUUGUCUAUAUGUGCGCCGACAUGGACUGCCGAUCAGUUUAUCGUUUGUUUUAAAUGUGCUCGACAUUGAAUGGCGACCAGUCCAGGGUUUACCCAUGGCUCUCGCCCCAAAGCCAACUGAGAUACAACUCUUUUCAAACGUAGGGAGUAAAAGUCAAAAGUCGGCCGAGCAAUAAAUACAAGUACCGAAAAGUACUGAAAACUCUACUAAGGUACAAUAACUAUGAUUGCAAGUAAGUAUUUUUACUUGGUUAUUUCUCACCGCUGCUUGACACAUGUUGUCUUUACAUAUCAAAUUAGUUUUUCCGAGAUCCAAAUACUGUCUGAUUAUUUGUCCGUGUUUACAUAUUCAGGUUUUCGUCAAGAUGGCAGCCUCACACUGACUCAUCCGUUUUGUGGCUGUGACUCAGUGACAAAAUGCACUCUUGUUGCACUCUCACAUACUAAUUAAUUGUGUGUGUGUGUGUGUGUG